AUGUACAGAAAGUCUGCUCUUGCCUUGGUUCUCUUGCCGCAGUUGAUUUCUACAUGCUCCAUCGGACAUGACUUUUCUCGUCGUAGAGUUGACUGCACCUUCACGGUAGCUGCCAGUUCUGGAGACACUUGUGAGACCUUUGCUGACAGCUGGGGCAUAACAACCAAGGAGCUUAGGUCUGCCGUGACGACCUCCAGCUCGACCGAGACUACCAAGACUCUCACCACGACCUCUUCGGCCACUGACCAUGAGCCCACUCAGCCGGGUCUCGCUGAGAACUGUUCGGAGGGGGACAGCUGUUAUAAUAUUGAGGCUUCAGCCGGCAUCACCCAUUCGCAGUUCUUGAAAUGGAACCCCUACAUCAACGAAACAACCACCACUUCUGCUGAGAACUGCGAUAAGUUCCACAAGGUUGGUUCCGGUGACCAGUGCCACUCCAUCCAAACCGAGUACAAGAUCACCCUCAAACAAUUCAUCGACUGGAACCCCGCCAUCAACUCUGACUGCACAAACCUGCAACUGGACUACAACGUGUGUGACCACAUUCCCGGCGCUACCAACACCCAUAACCCUACGCCGCAGAUGCCCAACCUACCCUCGUACUGCAAGACAUAG